AUGUUUGACGUUCGAGCGGGACAAUAUGAGCCCGGAAACUAUUCAAACAUACAAACACAACAGCAGCAACGUUCUAAUAUCACACAACGCGAGGGGAUUGCAAAGUUUGAAAAUGAACGAAUUAAAACUCUUCAAGAAGAACGUUUGUACAUUCAGAAAAAAACAUUCACGAAAUGGAUGAAUUCCUUUCUGGUCAAGGCAAAAAUGGAGGUUGAAGACCUUUUCGUCGAUUUAGCUGAUGGUGUGAAACUCUUAAAGCUGCUCGAAAUUAUUUCAGGCGAGAAACUUGGCAAGCCGAACAAUGGACGCAUGAGAGUUCACAAAAUAGAGAAUCUGAAUAAAAGUUUAGCUUUUCUACACACGAAAGUAAGUGAAGCCAUUGUUUUAGUGUUAACUUAA